CAUAUAAUAUCAGAAUUGCUGCCUGUUCUUUACAAGCUGGCAAGACCUCAUCAAGAUGAAGACUUUCACUGUUGUGCUCUUGGUCGUUGCAGCCUUCUGUGUGGAGAGAGCUUCCUCGUUGCACUGUUACAAGUGUGAAAAUGCAAAAUCCCAUGCAGAGUGUACAAACACUGUUAAGUGUUCCGACAUGGACAGAUUUUGUGUGGCAGUGAAUAACCAAGGCCCUGGUGACAAUUUUUCCAUCAACAAAUGGUGUGCUCCACAGUGCCCAACCAACUUUGAAAUCAAGGGUGGCAAACUCGGCUAUUCGGCUCAGUGCUGCGAGACUAACUAUUGCAACAAGGGUGCUGCCGGCAAUGUGAAAGCCAGCUACGUCAUCAUGAUCAUGGCGACACUCGCUAGCUUUGCCUACAUCCUCCAGGCAGGGCUGUGAUGGGGUGGGGAAUACAGAUCACUAAGCAUCUCUCUCUAGCUGCUCAUGGGAGGCAUUAAUCCCACUUUUUUGGCAAGGCCUAAUUCUGGCUUCACUGAGAGCUGCUCUAGGCAUGAUGCAGAAUGUCUCUCUCUCUCUCUCUCUCUCUCUCUCUCUGUUUUGCUACCCAUGAGGAUGAUGGAGGAUGUUCUUCCAUGUAAAAGCAAAGCUCCUCUCUACAUGCCACUAUGUAAAUGAGCGUACUACAGGGUUUCCACAACAGAGGGGAACAUUUUAUGGGGGAGGAACAUUCACAAAUAUAUUCCAAAGUGGUGUGGUCCAAAAUCCAACCAUCUCAUUUCUGUCUUUAUGUGUAGAAUGGCUCGUUGUGUCUUUAUCUCUCUCCCCACCCCCAGCCCUUAUGCAAAACUGCUUCUUUCUUAUUGGCUUUUUUCUUCUGCUUCCGCCUAUAGGUUCAGAUUCCCAUUGCCUCUCUGGCUGCGGCUCAGCGGUAGAGUGCUUGCUUUCCAUGUAGAAAGUCCCAGGUUCAACCCUUGGCAUAUUCAGGUCUGACAUCUUGGAGAGCUGCCAUCUAUGUCAUUGUCUGACAAGGUUGUGGUGCAGCCUUUGCCAAGUUGGUACCCUCCAUCGUGCUGGCUGAGCUGAUGGGAGUUAUAGUCCAAAAUAUCUGAAGGGCACCAGCUUGGCUUUCAGGUUGAAAGUGGGACAUGUCAGUCAUCUAAAUGAGUCCUAAUAUGGAAUGCUUGAGGAAAUCACAAUGCACUUUCCAGUUGAAGAACACUGCCCUCUAAUGGGCAAAAACAGAAGGACCAGUUAAGGUUACUUUGGAGAAGAGCUAGGCCCUAGGAACAGGCACAAAUAUAAUCUGGAAUGGGGUCCAGUCCAGACAGUACCUUCUGUUGGACCAAGAGAUGUAAGUGUUGGAAUCUUUUGAAUCACGUAUAACUCUUUUGCAGAGUCAGGCAGGAACCUCAUUAAAUCUUCCCAUUGGAAAGCACAAAUGCUGUGUGUGUUCCCUUCUUCUUGAGCAAGGCCCUUUUUGAGGUUACUCCAUUUCCUCUCUUCUGCUGGCUUUGGCCAGUUCCUCCAAUUUAGUACUCCAACAUGGGAUUUUUUACUUUUGGAAUGCCUUCUCUUAAAUAGCCUUACUUUCCUGACAGCUUUGCAAUUUCCUGAUGACACUCCCUGUCCAUGCUUCCCCAUGUCUUUUACAAGAACACCUGAACAACUCCAUCCCCCCCCCUUUCUUUCUCUUGGGCCUGUCUUAACCUAUGUAGCAAUUUGGUCACUUUGGGGGUGAAGAUGCAGUUUGUAUUAUCAAUGCUAAAUGCAAUAAACGAUCCUGUUGUUCUACACAAAAGCAAA